AUGCUUCGAUCUCUCUUUUUAUUACUUUUAUUGCCCUUUGCUAUUGCAGAGAAUGAAUAUUGCUCAGGCAAUCUAUUUAAGCCAACAGAGGCUAACUGCGCCAAAUUUGAAUUCUCCAAAUUGAAAGAUGAUGGCCAAUGUACGGAUAGUAGCAAAGCGACAAAUGGUAUCUUUCAUGGUAUAAAGCUAAAGAAUUGCACUACAUUCUAUGAUAUUAGUGACUUACCUAGUCAGUCUAUGGAUCCAGAGGCAGUUAAAAUGGCCGAGUUGAUUACGAAUGUAUUCGAAAAUGGGAACACUGUGAUGGGUUACGCAGUAAAGAUCAUCUUUAUCUUGGGCAGUAGCCCAGCUGCAGAACGUUUGGGAGAUUGCCGUGGCUAUACUUGCGGUUACAUUGGUUUCACAACUGGCACAAAUGAUGCCUAUGCGGUUAUAAAGGAAUACAUAAAGCGACAACCCAAGGCAUCCAUUGGACGAUAUUUGCCUGCUUUACAAAAUUUGACAAAAUAUGAUUUUGGUGAUCCUAAGCGAGAUGAUACUAGUCAUCUCAAAGGGCUUGCCAAGGAAUGGAAAAAGACAACUUGUCAUGAUCCUGUCUUUAUUCAAACGCAGUUGGAUGUGGGACAUUCUAUGUAUUUGCAGCCCGCACUCAAGUAUGCUGCAAGUGUAGGCAUUCAUUCUAAUCUUGGAAAAGCUAUCUUUUAUGAUACUAUUGUUCAACAUGGUUGGCAGUAUGUUGAGAAAUACAUCAAUCUUCCAAGGAUACUCGAACUCACAGGCCCUAAAGGAAAAGAUGAGUCUGAAGCAUCCUACAUGACCCGAUUCCUUACGACGCGAAGACAGUUGGCCUGCUGCUACCCUGGCAAAGUCUGGAAUGACUCAGCGGACAGAAUGCAAGAUCUCCAAAGCAUAGUUGACGACUGGUCACAACAUGAAAACUUGACACAACCUGUCACCUUAAAGAUCUACGGAGCCAAAGUCACAGGAAAGGAAGAUAUCACUAUGGAUACAAAACGAUGUAAAAAGCAGAAAAAGAAGCCACAUAACCCUCCUCAAUCUAUACCAUUACCUAUUCCCGAUAAAUGCCCUUCUUAA